AAAAGGCAACAUCAGCAUUAGUUAAGCUAGCUCCAAUUUCCUCUCUUCUUUAUUUUUCUUGAUUACAAAACUAACCACACCUUCCUUCUCAUUAUUACAACACUAAAUCCCCAUUAAAAAUACAAAAUUCCUGAUUCCCCCCAUCAAUUAUAAAUAGAAAUCCCCUCAACGAGCUUAGUGAUCUUCUAACCAUACACCAUCUCUAUUUUUCCAGCCGCCUUUAAGCACUCUCUCAAGGAACAUGUCUCCGAACGUUCUCCGGUGGUUUAGCCUCGUCGCUCUUCUCUGGCUUCAAUCUAUCAACGGCACCAACUUGAGCUUCCCUGCUUACUCUUCACAGCUCAAAGAGUUUCUCUCAAUCUCUCAGUUUAAACUCAACUACCUCUCUUUUGCCUCCGACGCCGGAAAAGUCCUGGGAUUCAUCUCCGGUAUCGCCGCCGUUCACCUUCCUCUCCCUCUGGUCCUUCUCGCCGGAGGCUCUUUAGGGUUCGCCGGCUACGGUCUUCAGUACCUCUCCAUCGUCAAAAAAAUGUUCACGUUAUCGUUUUAUCAGAUAUGGGGGCUGAGUUUCUUGGCCGGAAACAGUAUCUGCUGGAUCAACACGGCGUGCUACAUCGUCGCGAUAAAAAGCUUUCCGGUGAACCGUCAAGUCGCCGUGGGGAUCACGGCAAGUUAUCAAGGUUUGAGCGGGAAAAUAUACACCGACAUAGUCCACGCGUUCUUCUACUCGUCUCAACGUGAAGCCGCUUCAGGUUAUCUUUUGCUCAACUCUCUAGUUCCUUUGGUCGGUUGUGUCGUGACGGCUCCUAUGCUGAUGAGAGAAGCCAAAGCAACGUCGUAUUCGUCUCGGGACGUUAAAAUGGGUUUUAUCUUUCUGUUCGCUGUGACUAUAGCCACGGGGAUUUACGCGGUGGCUACGAGUCUUCUCCCGGCUCCCGCGGUUUUAGUACUCGUAGGCAUAGUUUUGUUUCUCCUUGCUCCUCUCGCUAUUCCUUUUGGAGUUAGGCUCGAAGAGGUUAUGACUUGUAGGAGAAGUCAACAAAAGGUGUACGACUUUGAAGCUCCUUUUGAAGAAGAUGAAAAGGAGGAGGAAGAGGAGUUUGAUGAUGAGAAGGCGAUAAUUGGGGUUAAAGAAGAGGUCGAGUGGACAAAACUAUGGAAGAAACUCGAUUUUUGGACAUAUUUUGGACUUUAUUUGUUUGGUCCAACGGUCGGGCUAGUGUUUAUGAACAAUCUUGGUCAGAUCGCCGAGUCUCGUGGCUGUGCCGCGACCAGUUCCUUGGUCGCUCUCUCGUCAUCGUUCGGGUUUUUCGGCCGCUUGCUUCCUUCGUUACUCGACUACUUCCUCUCUAGGAACAAAUACAUGCCAUCAUGCCCGGUUUCUAUGGCGGUCUCACUGGUAGCGAUGGUUGCUUCGUUUUUACUUCUCCUCAUUGACUCGGACGUCGUUCUCUAUAUCAGCACGGCGAUGAUCGGUGUUUUCUCUGGAGCAUUGACUUCUCUCUCCGUCACAAUGACUGCAGAGCUUUUUGGGACAAAACACUUUGGAGUUAACCACAACAUUGUUGUCGGAAGCAUUCCUAUUGGUUCUUUCGCUUUUGGUUUAUUUGCCGCUAAAGGUUACCGCGAUGGAGCUGCCUUCGACGGACGUUUUGACGGAAAGUGUUACGGGAUGUACUGCUUUCAAACCACUUUGAUCUUUUGGGCAAUGCUCAGUUCUGUGGCCGCCGUUCUUGCUGCCGUUUUAUAUCUACGGAAUCGCAAGUUCUACUCGCAGAAGCCGUGAAGAAGAAACACAACAAAUGCACGCAAGCUUUCACUUCAUCAGACGAAUCAAUUUUUUUGGUUCCAAAACGAAAUUUUUGUGUGUACAGUUAUGCGUUUUGUGUUACACCAACGGUGGGAAAGUAAAUUUUUUGUAUAGUAACGUGCAGUAAGAAAUAGAUAGAGAUAGAGAUAUUACACAAUGAUGUAACGAUCGAAG